CUUCAUACCGCAAGACGUGCUCGCUUGUCUCUUCCACUCUCCGUCUCGCACUGGCUCUUGUGUACAGGCCACCUAUCUCUCUUUCCCCUCAACUUCACUCGACCUUUGCGCAGCGUUUCCGAUUACGCUGGAACCCGUCUUUUUGCUUAUCUUUACUCAGCCACAGCUAUGUCGGCACGGAAGAAGGUCCUAUUGAAGGUGAUUAUCCUCGGUGAUAGUGGCGUCGGUAAAACGAGUUUGAUGAACCAAUAUGUCAACAAGAAGUUCAGUGGAAGCUACAAGGCAACGAUUGGCGCCGACUUCUUGACCAAAGAAGUCCUAGUGGAUGACCGACUGGUUACGAUGCAGAUCUGGGAUACUGCGGGCCAAGAACGGUUUCAGUCAUUGGGAGUUGCAUUCUAUCGCGGAGCCGACUGCUGCGUCCUGGUAUAUGAUGUCAACAACUCCAAGAGUUUCGAGGCCCUCGACAGCUGGCGGGACGAGUUUCUUAUCCAGGCCAGCCCUCGGGAUCCCGAGAACUUCCCAUUCGUGGUGAUUGGCAACAAGAUCGAUGUCGAAGAGAACAAGCGCAUGAUCUCGUCGAAGCGCGCCAUGACGUUCUGCCAAUCCAAGGGCAACAUCCCUUAUUUCGAAACGAGUGCCAAGGAGGCCGUCAACGUGGAACAGGCAUUCGAAGUCAUCGCUCGGAGUGCUCUAGCCCAGGAAGAAGCCGAAGAAUUCAGCGGUGAAUUUAGCGACCCGAUCAACAUCCAUCUCGACGGUGACCGGGAUGGAUGUGCCUGUUGAUACCCCCGUGACGGUCGUGACUGCUUUUAAACGAUUCAUAUUUCAUGACAAGAUCUGCCUGCUUUUCUGUUUGAGUUCCUGGUUUUGUAGAAGACCUUCCCCCAUGCUGAUCUGAGCCGCCUCAAGCUCUUCCUAUAUAACCCUGGGAGUUUUCUUGCGCAUCCAAGUCUCUGCUCAAGUCUCUCGGUUGAGCUGCACGGGGUCUCUGUUUACAAGUCGGUGUUUUACUGUUCGAGUCUUUUUCAUUAUGUCUCCCACGUCAGCGUAUUCAUUCAUUAGUAUACUAUCUAGGAGUCUGGAAUAACCACUGCUUCACAACUGUCUUGCC